GUCAGGCGGUUUGUUUCAUCGAUAAAUACGCGGUCACACUGGCAAAACGAUUUUAGCUGCAAGAUUUUUUUGGGGGAGGUGCGGAAAACACGACGAAGCUUCUACGAUUUCAAUUCACAAAUUCUUUAAUUACCUUCAAAACGAAACGACGACGACGACAACCCAUUAUCCAUUGACUGAGAUAUCAGAUAUAGUAAAUAAACACGAAACCAGAUUUUGCUACCCAUAAUUAUGGCACACACACACCUGGGACGCGCUGUUAAAAACAUUGAGGCGCCGCGUCCGCUCAAGACACAGUCGCGGGCUUCGUUGAAGAACAGCUAUCUGGUGAUGGAGGAGCUGAUACAGCUGAUUGACAAUGUCACAGUGGGCUUGCAGUCGUGCAACACGACAACAGAGUCGAUAACGUUGCUGCUGCACAAUCUGCGUGUGCAUGGGCCGCAGCUGGAGGCGGUGUCCAAGGAUACGCUGGAUCGGGCUUUCGUUGUGUUUCGCAAUGCUUCGCAGGACGAACGUCUGAACAUAAUGACGCGCCUUAAGCUGCUCGAAUUGAUUGAAUUACGUGCCAAAAGCUGGGAGGACAAUGACACAAUUGCCUACUACAAGUCCAAACAGCAAGUCUCCAAUGUUGAGCUACCCCCGGAGCCUUAUCAACAUGAUGUAAGCGUGCAGCAAGGCGGAUUUCUCAGCACCUCCCCCACAUUCGGUGUCAGCGGCGGCGGUGGUGGCAUGAAUGUCGGUGCUGCCGCUGCUGCUGCCGCUGUCUUUAACGCGGCCUCCGCAGCUGCCGCAGCCCAGGCGGCCGCCAUAGCAGCCGUCGGCUCACCCAAUCAGCAGCACAUGCUGCUGCCGCCCGGUGAAGUCAUACGCAACUCGGGCAAGUUCCCCAAACCCACCAAGAUACCGGGCAAAACCUACUGCAAGGAUGAGGUUGUCAUCCGCAAUGCUGACUCAGGCAAAGUCAUGGGCAUCAAAGGGCGACGCGUGCACAUGAUUGAGGAACUAAGCGAAACUAUAAUCUCGUUUCAAAGAGUCAACCCGGGCGCCAAGGAACGUUUGGUGCAAAUCACUGGACCGGCGGAAGAAAAAAUCAACUACGCCAAGCAACUCAUGGAGGACACAAUUCGACGCAAUGCCUCGCCGGUGCGCCUGGAGCCUGCACCAGCGGCUGGUGGCUCGUGCUCGUCCCUUAACUCUUCAAACUCUGACGACGCCGUCGUGGUGCAGCCGCGCACGCCCGGUGGCAGCAGCCUGGCGAAUCGCUUGAGCUUCAAUUCGGCGCAGAAUUUUAUGACUGCCCAGCAGGCUGCGGCGCAGCAGAUCUCCCAGAUCACACAGCAUCAACAGGCGCAACAGCAGCAGCAGCAACAUCAUCACCAUCAGCAGCAGGUUGCCGCCAUACAAGUGGCCGCCGCAGCAGCGGCCCAGGCCCAGGCAACAGCUGCUGCCGGUAAAGUUUUGCGACCCAGCCAACAGCUGCUAAUGCAUUCAUAUUCCACAAACGAUGCUUCCGUAGGUGAAUACAAGUUCACGGUCAACGUGGGCCAGCGUGUGAUCAAGAUAACCGGCGACUGCUGUGAGCUAGUGCGCGUGGCCAAGCUCGUACUGGACGAUUACUUCAGCAGCUCCGAGUUCUUGGCUUCUAUGGAGGCUGGCGCCGCUUUUGAUGGCAACUCUCUGGUGAGCCCCGUAACCACGCCAUCCACACCGCUGCCCGGCGCUGGUCCGCCACAGUUUAUGCUGCCCCUGGCCGAUAGCGGCAUUGGACUGAACUAUGCCGCCUCCUCGGCCAACAACAAUGGUGAUGGGGACGAUGAAGUGUUUGCCGACACAACGAACGGCGCUUCAUCGAAUGCUGCCAAUCAGAACGGACUGGCACGCUCACGUCGCAGUCAUUUCUCGCGCAAGGAGUCCACGCCGGAGAACAAGGUAGCACGCGAGAAGCUGGACGUAGAGGAGCGUCCAAUGAAGACAAGUGCAUCACGCGUCUCUUAUGAUAUUGAACACUUGAUCUACUAUUCGCAAAGUCCGCAUGCCUGGGCCCUGCCCAACGAUUGGCAAAAGAUGUUGGAGACAACGCCAUCGAUUCUGCGCAACAAGGUAAUUUCGGGCAGCGAUGGGCAAUUGAAAUGCCUCAACGGUCGUCAUGUGCCGAGCCCUGAAUCCAUCACCAAUGCACCCAAAUCACAUGCAUUAACAAUGGCUAGCAUAAAUCCCAUGAAUCCCGAAGGCGAUGCGCAGGUCGCAAUCGCAAUCGCAAGCGCUAGUGAUGCAAACACCUUAACCGAAACUAACAAGCAAUCUAGAGUAAUGCCACAGGAGCGCGAGUUGCGUCGCAAUCCAAAACCAUCGGCAGAGUCCGAUCGGAACUUGUAUAAUAGGCAAUUGCAAAUUAUAACCAGCACAAUGGGUGCCCAAGCAAAGUAUCGCCAGCCCAAUUCUCAUUCACAUCAUACUCAGUCACAGUUGAAAGCUGUUUUUCAGCGUUAUACCGAGGAUGACGAGUGCUUGAUGGCCUGGUUCGACGAACAAACGCAGCCAGAGCUCAACAAUAAUCGUACUUUUGCUUAGAUAUUCAGUCCGUUUCAAUACGUAAAAUAUAAAUACGUAUUCGUUUUUCCAAUCUAAAUAUUUGGAUGAUCCCGAAAAGAGUCAUUUUGGGAGAGUUACCAAACAGCUUAUAGAAUCUCUAUCGAAUCGAAUAGAAUAGCAUCAAAAAAGACUCUCACGCAUCUCAAGCAUAUUUAUUCUUAAUUAUUAAUAUUAGGAUACGACGAAACGAAACCAAAAACCAAAACAAAUCAAGCGAAACUUUUUGCUAGUCUUAGACGUAAUCAACACUUAACAUAAAAAACCGUACACCUAAACACACACACAUGCAUACAUUGUGAUGCAAAUUAAAUUUAGAAUGUAACUAAGGGAGGCAGAAUCUGUGUUUUGGCUGUGAAACAGAUUUAGUUUAGACUACCACACAAACACACACACUCAGACACAUUAACCAACACAAACGCACAUUUAAGCGCAUUUUUUACAUAACAAAACCAAACUGUAAUUAACAAUUUUUCAAAUAAGACUUAUAACAAAAAUACUAAAUAUAAACGCAAGCAAGCAAA